AUGAUUGAUUUUACAAGGACAAUCAAACGAAUUUUCCAUAAAUGGACAACUAAAGAUGGUAUAAUUGGUGACUAUGACUACAAGUACUUGUUCGCUCCCGAUAUCCCUUUUCUUUCCAAAGAAGCUAAAGUGCAGCCCUUUUUUGGCUUAAAUUCAGAUAUGCCACUUUUAUUAGGAGCUAUCUUGGGAUUACAACAUGCAUUGGCAAUGAUGGCUGGUUUGGUUGUUCCGCCCGUGUUGAUUAGUGUUUCAGCAAAUUUACCAACAGAGACUCAGGAAUAUUUGGUGAGUGCUUCUUUAAUUGUUUCCGGUAUAUUAUCCAUAAUUCAAAUUACUCGUUUCCAUAUUUAUGGAACUCCCUACCAUUUAGGUACUGGGUUGCUUUCAGUUGUUGGCCCUUCAUUUGCUACAAUUACCGUCACUUCAAGUGCAUUUCCCAUGAUGUAUGCUAAUGGUACAUGUCCUACGGCGUCCGAUGGCACUAAAUUACCCUGUCCUGAUGGAUACGGUAUGAUCUUGGCUACCGGUGUCGUUUGUGCCUUGUUGGAAAUAUUGUUGUCGUUCUUGCCCGCUAAAAUUCUUCAAAAGAUGUUUCCUCCUUUGGUUACCGGACCUGUUGUUAUGUUGAUUGGUAUCAAUUUAGUUGAAACUGGUUUGGAAGAUUGGGUAGGUGGAUCAAGCUGUGUACAAGAAACUUGUACCAUGGGUAAAUUCUCCAAGCCGUGGGGCUCAGCCAAUUUUGUUGGUUUAGGUUUUCUUGUCUAUCUUUCCAUUAUAUUGGCAGAGAAGUUUGGUUCACCAAUCAUGAAGAGUUGUGCUGUUAUUUUAGGAUUACUUAUUGGAUGUAUCGUUGCUGCUGCAUGUGGAUACUUUGACUCCAGUCAAAUUGAUGCUGCCAAAGCAGCUAAUUUUAUUUGGACGAAAACUUUUAAAUUAAAAGUGUAUGGACCAAUUGUGUUGCCAUUCUUGGCAGUUUACCUCGUGUUGAUGAUGGAGGCUAUUGGUGAUAUAACCGCUACGUCAGAUGUUUCGCGUUUGGAAGUUGAAGGUGAGGUUUACGAAUCAAGAAUUCAAGGUGGGUUGUUAGCAGAUGGAUGCAAUGGUAUAUUAGCGGGUCUAAUGACAGUUACUCCCAUGUCAGUUUUUGCUCAAAACAAUGGUGUUAUUGCUAUAACAAAGUGUGCCAAUAGAGCCGUUGGUUAUUGGUGUGUGUUCUUUUUAUUGGUUAUGGGAAUUUUCAGCAAAUUUGCAGGUGCCAUUAUAUCGAUUCCUAAACCAGUAUUUGGCGGUAUGACGUCGUUUUUGUUUUGUUCAGUGGCUGUUUCCGGUAUCAAGAUUAUUUCAGGAACUGAGUUUACUAGAAGAGAUAGAUUCAUCUUGACAGCAGCAUUGGUACCUGGUUUGGGUUCAACAUUGGUGUCUGAUUGGUUCAGUUACGUUUUCACUUAUUCCGGUGAUAACAAUGCGUUAUCAGGAUUCUUCGAUGCUAUUGUAUUGGUAAUGGAAACUGGUUUUGCCAUUACUGGGUUUAUCGGAGUUAUACUAAACUUGAUCUUGCCCCAAGUUCAUGAUGAUGUUGAAGAAAUCAAUGAAUUGAUUUUAGAAACUGUUGGUUCUGCUGAUGAACACGCUAGAGAAGAGUACGCCAGAAAGGAAGGAAUCUCACUUGAACAAUUAAAGAGUCAAUUGUCAAAUCCACAUGCUCAAAAUGUCACUAGUCUAAGGUCAUCUGAUGGGGUGCCUGAUUUGCCAUAUCCAAACCAGAAAUAG